AACGUACCAGUGUGUUUAGAUAGGUUGAUGAUAGUGCAGUAGUGAUGUCUAAUGCUGAGCACAGAUACAGAUAAUGCAUUGAUGGUGAGUUAGUGAUGGAGUGAUCAGUUGAGAGAGCCAAUGGCAGAACAAGGAGCCCAUGUGACCUCAGCCGUGGGGGGCGAGGGAAAACCCUCGAUAUUUGAAGUGCUCGCCCAAGAGAGUUUGAUGAGUGCUGUCAGGCCCGCACUCAGGCAUGCUGUCAGGGUACUUGGGGAAACAAAACCAGCGCAGUUUGGAUGGCUGUACAGAUAUUAUGAAGAGGCCUAUACAGUAUUAGACUUGGUGCUUCAGAAUUACUUCCUGAAAAACUAUGGGGGAUCAUUCUCUGAGAAUUUCUAUGGCCUGAAGCGAGUUUCUAUGAGCAGAGACACAUCAUCAUCUGACCCCCAUCUGUCCUCAUCACAACACUGGAGGUCUCUUCUUACCCUGGUUUUUCUUCCAUACCUCAAGCAGAAGAUGGAUCAUAAAUUUGAGGAGUUGAGGAACAUACAAGGAAGUGUUUUUAGUCAACAACAGGUCAGUGUGCUCUUAUAG